AAUUCCUACACAAACAGCAGUCAACAGGGAGGCAAUGGUGGUAGCAGCAGCACUGGUUACAGCAAUGCUAAUAGUGCAGCAGUUGCAACUAAUAGCAACAACAAUACAAGUAGUUCACAGCCAACAGGUGGCUAUGGAUCCAGUUUCUCUGCUCAGGCAUCGGUUGCGGGAAACAGCAGCAGUCAGUAUCAGAACAGCUACGUUAAUGCCUCUAGUCAUUCAUCGCUGGGUACUAUCACAGCUCCCAAACCCCUUGCGGGGCUACCAACUGCACCUUCAGUAGUAAAGGAUACUGCACAGAGUUAUGCAGAGCAGACAUCAACUGGAGGUUCAGGGUUGUCCAGUACGCUAUCCACAAGUGCUUCAGUUAGCAGCAGUAGCACAAGUAAUAGCACUGGUCCAACAGUGUUAUCGGCCUCAUUGAACUCUGCUUCUGCACAUCCUGUACAGCCUUCUAAACCCUCUGUUCCAGGAAAAGUUAUGAGUGGAUUAAGUGGUGCAGUGCCUCCAGGUGUACAACAGCAUCAGCAGCCUCAUAUACACCAGCAGCAGGCACAGCAACAUCAGCACCAGCAAGCACAGCAACAUCAGCAGCAGCAACAGCAGGCACAGCAGAUGAUGGCCCCGCAUUCCCAAUAUGUGUCCCCACCAGCUGCUGCAGCUCUGCAGGGUGCUCUUCCACCUGCCUUCUACACAGGCCUUCAGCAGCCUGCCAUGUAUUCUUUGGAAGAUUUCCAGUUACUACAACAACGGCUGCCUCAUAUGCAGGCUCCAACCAGUUUAGCCACUGGCCGUGAUGGGAACAUGACAUCAGCGGCUUACUCUGCAGCUGAUGCUAAAUUCCGGACUGACCAAAAUUCCUCUCCUGUUCCCUCCACCAUGAAUCAACAAGGAGCACAGGCAGGUGGUACAUACAUCACAGCAGCUGGUAAUGCAGCAAUGCCACCAUUCUACAUGUACCAUAAUAUGGCAGCAGUUCCAAGCUCCUUCCCUCAAUAUGGAACACCAACUGCCAUAAUUCAGAUACCACCUGUUACUAAUGCACACACUGGGUCAAACACUAACCAGUUCCCAGCAGCACCAAAGUUGCAGUAUGGUACUGGAAGCUACUAUGAAAACUUAUCACAGACUCAGGACUUCAAGACUGGUUAUGGAUCAGCGUCCCAGAAUCAGAACAAGGCUGGUGGGGCAUCAACAGGCUCAGCCACCAAUUCAGGAACUGAACUUGGAGGCUAUAAAAGUCACCUUAAUAAAGUAGGGAGGUCAUAUGACAAGCAAGGUUUCCAUACGGGAACUCCCCCGCCAUUCAACCUGGCUGGCUCUGGCACCAAUCCCAUGACUGCUAAUGCAUACCCGCCUAUGUUCAUCCCUACUAUCCCAGCUGCUGCACAGCACCACUCCCCUCUCAUGCAUCAUCAGCUCCACCAGGAUGGUGGCAGCUCUGGUGGUCAGCGUGCAGGGACAGCAGGUGGACAAAACAAAGGUGGAUCUAAGCCAGCUUAUGGUGGUUCUUACUGGGGAUCAAACUGAGGGGGUCUCGUCUUGAGAAUCUUCUUAUGUCCCUAAGGAAAUCCUAACCUGGGAACCCUAUAAGAAAGGGGCCUGGAUGAUUGUGAAGUGAAUGAGAAGCCUGAAUACACUUGUGUGUUUUUGAGGCCGCAUUCAUUCCCAACCACGAUAUAGGUGCCUCUCAGCAUCCGGAGCAUCAAUUUGUCAAUUAGAAAUGAAAAUGCGCUCACAGAAGUCUUUGAUUUAAACAAAAAAUAAAUUAAUUGCUUAGAUGGAUGUACAAGGGUCAAAACGUAGUUGUACUCUUUAGUCAGUGCAAAAAACAAAAAAAAAAAUACUAAUACAAAGGAUUUGCUUGUCUCGGUACAUAAUUUAAUACGUGUAUGAGGUAAGUUAUUCCUCACCCUUAUAGGUCAUACUUUAUGUGAAGUCGUCCAAGAUGAUGUAAAGUGGAUAUAAUAUUUAGCAUUUGUGGCAAUGGUGUAUUCAGUCUUGCUCUUCUCACUUGUAAAUAACGGAUGCCACUGAAUAAACCAUGGGCGCAGGUCCACUGGCAUGGUGCAUUUUUCCCGCAACCUCUCACUCCACAUCUUUUUAUAUUUACAGAAGUUUUACAGAUUGUAUGUUUGGGUGAUAGGAUUUGGCAAAGAAGGACUAGUGAUUGUACACCACUAGAACAGAUCUUCAUAUAGGAUACAAAUAUUAGUCAUCAUCCUAUUCUGGAGGUUGAAAUGUUAACAUGUUUCUUGCAACUCUUUAUUGGAGGGCUCCAGUGUAAUUUGAAAUGACAGUUCUUUGAAUUUGCCUUUCAGUGAUCACCCCAGAAUAGGAUGAUUGUAUGUUCAACUCACUUUAUAUUGAUUUUUUAUUACUUUUUUUUUUUUUUUUUUUUCCUUUCUUUCUUUUCCCCCCUUUUCACUUCCGUAUCUCUCUAGGUACAAUAUAAUCCCAUUCCUGUUAAAGGAAUGCUGUAUCAAUGAUAUGAAAAGAAGCCUCUUGUUUUGUAAGCUUUUUGUGUAGUGAGAUAUUUCAGUUCCACCAUUAAAAUAUCUUGAAUCUAAAAA